GCGUUGACGCCCAGGUGAUCAGCUCUAUAAAGACGAGCUAUUUUCGACGUGGCAGUAUCAGUCACAGGAACUCUUACCCGGUAAAGAGUCUCAGACUGGACAGAAAGGACAAGACAUAGGAAGGUGUGAGAGGUUGACUUACCAAACAAUGUCGACUGUCCUGACACUACUGUGUCUCUGUAGCCUCACCUUGUUCACCGCUGCGGACUGCAAGGUGUUCACUCCAGAACUGACUUCUAAAAUUGAAGCGUUCGUGGAAAAAUACAUGCAGGCAUAUGGGCCUGUCGGCCUUUCCUUGGCCGUCGUCAAGGGCAACGAGACGUGGACUCGAGGAUUCGGCAUGGCCGACAAAGCCUCACAACGACCAGUCGAUUCUUCCACUUUGUUUGCCCUCGCGUCGUCGACCACAGUCUUCACAUCAACUCUCCUGGGUAUGCUGAUGGAUGAGAGUAAGAGCGGAUACACAUGGAAUACACCAGUCAAAGACAUCCUUGGCAGCGACUUUCAGCUGGAAAACGACUACAUCACCAACCACACGACACUCAAAGACAUUCUGGCGGGGAGGACGGGUUUAAGUAGCAGCCUCACACCGAUACUAGCUGGCGUUGAAAUGUCCAGGCAAAAUUUAACGAGACGAAUUCAGUAUUUACCUGCAGUUGAGGAGUUUCGUGACGUGUUGAACUACAACCUCUGGAUGUACACACUGGCCGGGAGGGUCGCCGAGGUGAUGGGCGGAGCAUCGUGGGAGGAACUUCUCCAUCAACGCAUCUUUCAGCCUUUGCAGAUGACUGACAGCCGGGUCAUCGGGUACAAUGUGAAGGUGGAUGCGGACAACUUCGCCUUGCCUUAUGUUUGGCACCGGAAUGACGUGGUGCUGUCGGAUAGCGCGAUUUACAGAUUCACACCAGUGGAGCCCACGAUCGGAAUCGCGACCUCAGCAGGCGACAUGGCCAAGUGGUUGUCUUUUCAUUUGCGGGAAGGGAAGACGGCGGACGGAGUGCCUCUUCUCAAGAAGGAAACCCUCAAGGAAACAUACAAGUUGCAAAUGGCUCUUCCUGGAACUUUUAACUACGCGAAGAAGCCUAAAGACCCAGUAACCUUCGGCGUCUACGGCACUAGUUUCUGCUGGUUUUUGUCCUACUACCGAGGUUACCAAGUGGAAUGGACGGGGGGAGGAUUAUACAGCUACAACAACUUUAUAGCCCUUAUUAGAGAUGUAGACCUCGGCAUAUACUUCAGCACCACUGCUUUGUUCGACACCAACAUUUAUAAGCGAUUUGAAAUCUUCUACUACAUCGUUGACUUACUUCUUGGAGAAGUUCCUUGGCGAAACACAACCACCUUCCCCAAGUUCUCUCUUGCACCAGAUCGAAACGCUACCAACACUACCUAUACUCCUGUCGUUGUCCCAUACAUCGUGGAAAAUCCUGAACUGUUUGAAGGAACCUACGGUAACAGGCUGUUCGGGGACGUUUCCAUCUCCCGCAACACAAGCGGUGAACUACUAGUCAGCUACGGCCGCAUCUUGGGCAAACUGCGGAAAACCAAUAGCACCAACGUCCUACUGGCAGACCUCUAUGGCCCCUUGGAGUUUUUACACAUCGCGGAGAUGACGUGGAGUACAUCAAAAUCACCUUCACCUCACCAGGUGAAUUUGGUCAGUACCAGUCGCUCCUGUUGAGUUACUACGAUGACCCGCUUCUGUUCCAGCGUAAUAUCACUUUUCAGAAGUAGCAACAAGUAACGGUACCAGCGGACACAAUCAGCCGUCAUCUCUCCUGGCACUUUAGUACAACAACUUUAGAGAACAAUGUCCAUGAAAGCAAUAAAACAGAGCUCGUAGAAACAAUUCCAUAUUAUUGUCGAAAAUAUACCUUUUAUGUGAUGAUUAUAUAUUAUAUAUAGUGACUAAAUAUAUUAUCAAAUUACUUUGAAAUGUUUGACAGAAGAAGCAUGGUCCAUCUUUUUAAAAGAAAUUUAAAAUAAGUGGGAUUAAUAAAAGCCUUGUUGGCGCAGUUCAUAUUUUAGUGAUGAUAACUCGACACGAACAACAUCACGUGAAUGAUUGUUAAGUACCGCUGCACAGUAAUUUAGAUAUCCUACAUGUUUUGCACACGCUGUGCAUAUGUUCUGACAUGAAAUAAACCUUUCUUAAGCUGACUGAUACAUUACAAAAAAAUAGAAGUAAUUGUCAAAUUAAUUUUGCUGUAAAAUCCUUUUUUUUUAACCUACGGGUCUGAUAAUGUUCAUUUUAAAAAUACAAUGUAACUCCAAAUUCUACAAUUAUUUUUUAAAUCACAUGAAAAAUUUAGGAAACUUUUGACAAAAGUGACAUGAUGACGAAAGAGAGUGUCCGAUGCCUCUAUACAAGUCUGGGACUUUCCAGGAGAGUUUCAGUAAGAACCGACAGAUACAGAGCUGUUUACCCAAGAGUAUCAUUGAAUUGAGGACUUUUUCGUUGAUUACCUGAGUUAAAAUAAUAUGAUAAAUAAAAUAGUCCUCACAGAC